UUUUUUCUUGUUACAUAGGUAAUUAUCAUUCAAAGGUCAAAGUUAAAUUGAUCUGUGCGAAAACAAACACACAAAUUCUGCCAUCGAAAGAAGAAAAAAAAAUCCACCAGAAUCUGGCCAAGCUUUAAUUAGAACAGUAAAUCACAAUCAUGGAUCAUUCAGUAAAAGUAAUGCACACACAUCGUAAAAUUGCCUUUUCAAGAUUAUGGAUAUUUCAACAACGGCGAUUUGAAAAUCAAGAACUAGAACAAUUAUAUCAACGUUAUAUAUUUAAAUUACAACAAACAUCGAUAGUAUCGGCAUUAUUAUUAUUAUCACUAUUAUCGAUAUCGAUUGCGCUAUUACAAUUCUAUUACAUACAACAUACAGUCACAUUGAUUGGUAUUUAUUCACUAAUACAGAGUGUCAUUUUUUUAUUAUUAUUUUUAUCAUCAUUUCGUAUGCACGAUACACAGCUAUUGGCAUUAUGUUAUGUGAUUAUAUUUUUUUGCAUAUUAUUCUGUUUAUUAUUAUCACCAAUUGAUAAUAAUUUACAUUAUUUAUGGAAAUUAUUGAUCAAAUGGUCAUCAUCAUCAUCAUCAUCAUCUAUUGAUAAUGAUACAGCAACGUUAAUUUCACAACAAAAGCCUUCCGAUGGUUUAUGGGCCAUUGUAUUUGUCAUAUUUCUUACAUAUACAAUGUUACCGAUAAAAAUAUUGAUCUCAUUCAUGUUUGGCCUAUGUAUUUCGAUAACACAUUUAUCGAUUACAAUAAUUAAUUUGUCGAUUAUUUCAAUAACAACAACAACAACAACAAAUACUUCAUCAAUUAUUGCCGUACAUGAAAAUUUUAUUCAUAAACAAAUAAUUGCAAAUGCAUUGAUUUUUUUGGCCGUCAAUUUUAUUGGUCUAUUCACCAAUAAUCUAAUGGAACGUGCUGGUAGGAAAGCAUUUUUGGACACCAGAAAUUGUAUUAAUGCACGAUUAGAUAUGGAAGAUGAGAAUGAAAAAUUGGAACGACUAUUGUUGAGUGUAUUGCCACAACAUGUAGCCAUGGAAAUGAAAGCCGAUAUAUUAUCACCACGUGAAUUGGGACAAUUUCAUAAGAUUUAUAUACAGAAACAUGAAAAUGUUAGCAUCGUAUUUGCCGAUAUUGUUGGUUUCACUGUGCUAGCAUCACAAUGUACGGCACAAGAAUUGGUUCGUCUUUUGAAUGAAUUAUUUGGACGUUUUGAUCAGCUAGCCAAUGAUAAUCAUUGUUUACGUAUUAAAAUACUUGGCGAUUGUUAUUAUUGUGUUAGUGGAUUACCGGAUCCAAGAUCUGAUCAUGCAAAUUGUGCCGUCGAAAUGGGUUUAGAUAUGAUUGAUACUAUUGCUUCGGUUGUCGAGGCUACCGAUGUUAAUUUGAAUAUGAGGGUCGGCAUACAUAGUGGACGUGUUUUAUGUGGUGUACUUGGCCUUCGAAAAUGGCAAUACGAUGUAUGGAGCAAUGAUGUCACUUUAGCCAAUCAAAUGGAAGCCGGUGGUGUUCCUGGUCGUGUACAUAUUACACAAUCAACAUUGGAUUGUCUACAUAAUGAAUAUGAAGUACAAGAUGGCAAUGGUUCGGAAAGAAAUUCAUAUCUUCGUGAGAAAAAUGUCAAAACUUAUUUUAUAAUUCCACCACAACAAAGACGUAAGCACUUCCUUUUCAAUACACUUCAUGUACGUCAUUUGGCUGGUUCGAAAAGAAAACUUUCAUUCAAAAAUGUAUCCAAUGUGGUUAUACAAUUGUUACAUUCGAUUAAAUAUUCAAUCGAUGUGCCAUUUGCAAAUAUGGCAAUGUUAGGAAAUAAUAAUUGUUGUUCUUCCAUUAAUAAUAAUAAUAAUAAUAAUAACAAUAACAGCAACAACAAUAAUUUGACAUUAUCCACUGGAAUUGGUGGCAAUGAAAUUACAUUCAAUAAAAAGUUUCAAGGAACAGAUGAUAAUAAUUUUCGUAAACCAUUCAAAAAACGACAUUCAAUCAUUUAUCAUCAACAAAAUGCAACAACAAAUCGUGUUAAUAAAUAUCUAUCACAAGCAAUUGAAGCUCGUUCCGUUGACCAGGAAAAAUCUACCCAUGUCAAUCUGUUAACAUUGUGUUUCAAAGAUGAACAAAAAGAACGACAAUAUGGUGAAGAAAAAGAUCGUGGCUAUCUAAUUGCAUUGGUUUGUUCAUUGAUAUUAUUAUGUCUACUGACGGCAUUGGAAUUUAUUAUAUUAAGCAAGACCAUUAUUUUGGAAAUAUUAUUUGUUGUCACUUUUGUUUGGAUAUCAAUUAUGAUUAUAUUGAUUCUGGCAGCUCGAUUAGAGUGCAUUAAAUGGGAUAUUUCGAAAGUAUUUCUGGUUCGUUUAUCCACCAUCAUUUCAUCGAUAGUUUUUAUCUAUUCUAUUGCUCAAAUCAAUGUGUAUACAUGUCUAGAUGAUAUGGCCUGUAAUUAUCAGAAUCAUACAUUGAUUAUUGAUCCACAAUUUAUUGAGAUGCCUGAAUUUAGCCGCCUAUGUCCAUAUCCACAAUACAUCAUAAUGUCUUGUGUUGUAUCAUUUUUUUCAUUGGUCAUAUUUUUACGUUUACAAAUGUUAUUCAAAGCAAUAUUAUUGAUACCAAUGGCGAUUGUUUAUAUAUUGCUUAUUGAAUAUACACAUUUCAAGCUAUUUGAAUGUAUUUAUGAAUACGAUGUACCAUUACAUGUUACUGGUCCGUUAAUUAUAUUACAUUUUGUUUUGGCCAUACUAUUACAUGGUAGACAAGUGGAAUGGACAGCUCGGCUAGAUUUCCUAUGGAACUCACAAGCAAAUGAUGAAAAAACUGAAAUGUUGGAAUUACAAAAUAGUAAUCGGCGAAUUUUAUUCAAUCUAUUACCAUCACAUGUUGCUACACAUUUUCUUGAUAAUCAAUUUCGUAAUAAUAUGGAUCUAUAUCAUCAAUCGUAUGCCAAAGUUGGUGUAUGUUUUGCUUCUAUACCGAAUUUUAUGGAAUUCUAUGUAGAAUUGGAUGGUAAUAAUCAAGGUGUCGAGUGUUUACGAUUGUUGAAUGAAAUCAUUGCUGAUUUUGAUGAGUUAUUGGAUCAAGAAAAAUAUAAACCAAUUGAUAAAAUAAAAACCGUUGGAAGUUGUUAUAUGGCUGCAAUUGGUUUAAUACCACAAUAUCGUAUACCGGAAAAUGAUACUAUAUAUGCGGCAGAAAAUAUGUCCUGUUUAGUUGAUGUUGUGUUCGAUAUGAAAGAUCGUUUGGCUGAAAUUAAUGAUAAUUCGUAUAAUAAUUUCAUGUUAAGAGUUGGACUGAAUAUUGGUCCCGUAGUGGCCGGUGUUAUUGGCGCCCGUAAACCACAAUACGAUAUAUGGGGCAAUACGGUGAAUGUUGCAUCAAGAAUGGAUUCUACUGGCUUACCAAAUCACAUUCAAUGUACUGAAGAAGUUUAUCAGCUACUUAAAGACUAUCCAUAUGAAUUCAAAUGUCGUGGUACGGUGAAUGUAAAAGGCAAAGGAGAAAUGACUACUUAUUUUUUGUUACAUAAAAAAAGUAAUCAUAAACCAUUCAAAGCUAUACGGCCAAGUAAUAUUGAUGCAUCGAAAUCUGGCCAAAAUGGUUCGACUACGACAACAACAACAACAACAAAUAAUUUUAAAGUUAAAUCACAACAACAACAACAACAACCGAAUAAUCAAUUUUUUCCAUCAUCAAACAAUGCUUCACAUUCAACAAUAAAUAUUGUUGAAAAUAGUGUCAACGAAAAUCAACAAUCAAAUGUCGAACAUAGUCCGAACAAAACAUUUAUGGAUCGACUACAUGCAUCAGCUAAAUCAUCACGUCAACAUAAAGAUCAACGAUUAUCUGUUAUUGGUGAAAGUUUGCCAUACAUUAUUCGUGAUAAGGAAAGUAAUUUAUUUCAACGUUCUCAAGGGAAUCAUCAUCUAUGCUAUAAUGAACCCAAGCCAAUCAUUUUGGGCAAAUCUCCGGACAAAUGCCGGUUAAUGGUCAAAGAAAAUUCUUGGGAAUCUAGAAUUGAACUCAAUCCAACAACAAUAAAAACUUUGUUGAUUGGCACGAAUAUUAUUGAAAAAACAAAUCCAAAUGAUCUAUUUACUGGUGAUGAUUCUGGCAAAAAAUUACAGCAUAAUUUCUAUUUUGAUGAUGAUGCACUUUCAAAUAUAAAAUCACAAGCUAUCGAAAGGGAAAAACAACGGAAUAUUUUCUCUCCAGCCAUGUCUCGUUGUACGGCAUUUUCAGUGGCCGAUUCAACUAAAGCUACAAUAGAAUCAGCGGAAAGUUUGAAUAAACUUUUAGUUGAUGGUGAUGAUGAUGUUGAUGAUGUUGGUAAAAAUCGCCAACAGGAUGAAUCAUCAUCAAUCUAUAAUAUUUCAUCCAAUUCUUCGAAUCAAAGUUGUCAAUAUGGACAGAUAAUCAAGAAAAACUAUACAAAAGAAUGUAUUGAGAAUAACUUUUAUAAUAAUGAUAAUAAUCGUAGCCGAAAUCUUGCCAUCAAAAGUUUCCAGAAUAAUAAUAAAAAACGGAAUUUAUUCAAUAUUGAUUUCCCAAUGGAUGAUUUGGUUUAUAGAAAUUAUCGAAACGAUGACGAUAAUAAUAGACAAAAAUCCAUUGAAAAUAAUCAACAACAACGAAUUCAUCAUCACCAACAAAAUGCAAUGAAAAGAAUGUCAUAUCAACAUUUCAUUGGUGGUCAAGAGCCAACUAAACCUAUUUUGCAACAACAACGUAAUCAACGUCAUUAUCAAGCACAUAAUUCUCCAUUGAUUGUACAUCGAUUUUAUCAUAUAGAUUCUGGGCCAGACAAUAUUGGACAGCGUCAAUCAUCAUCAUCGCCAUUAUUGAUGAACAGUUGUGUUAACAACAAUGACAAGGCCAAUUUUCAAUCGGACAAUCGUAAAAUUGUCAAGUGUAAACCAAUGGAAAAUCAAUUGAAUCGUUAUCAUUUAUCGGAUAAAAAUUUCAAUUAUAAACAACAAGAACAACCACAAUUUUCAAUUUCAAAUGAAAGUGAUGAUAAUAGUAGUAGUGAAGAUGAUAUGAAUUCUGUAGCCGCUUUAGUUGGAAACAACAACAAGUAUACCGCCGCCGCUUCUGGGAAUCAAAAAUUGAAUCAACAACAACAACGAUUCAAUCUCACAAUGGCAAACAACAGUAAUGAUCAAUAUGGAAAAAUUCGAAAAAAACUUUCAUCAACAGAAAAUAUGGGCCAAUCUAUCGAUAAUAAACCACAGCAAAACCGCAUUUUUUCUCCUAGUUCAAAUUCAUCACAAUCAAUGGAUUGUUCACAAGUUUCAAAUUUAAUUUAUGAUAAUGAUCAAUUUAAGCCACCAAAAUGUUUGAAUGCCGAUGAAAUGAACAAAAUUAAUAGACGUUUUGAUCGUAUUAGAAAUCCAACAAAUGAAACGGUUAGCCAUUUUGAUGAUAAUGCCAAUUUGAUAUCAUCGAGCAUCCCAAAUUAUUCGCCUGAUGAUGACAGUGAUAAUCAUCGAAAUGUUUCUUUCAUUGAAAAUACACGACCAGAUUAUGAAUCUGAUGAUUCUUAUUAUGCAGAAGAUGAAAAUGAUGAUCAUGUUAAUAAUAAUAAUAAUAAUAAUUUCUCGCCAAUAAAUAGACAUCAAUUUAUCAGUGAUAAUGAAUCAAAUUCUAAACAUCGAACAUCAAAAACUCAUGAUUGUUCAAUGGAUGUUACGUUGUUAGAACAAUCAAUGGCAACUACGACAAAUGCUACGGAAACUUUUGCUGCAAAUAAUGAAAAUCUAACCGAAGAUGAUGGUGGUUAUCUUGAUAAUGGUGCUAUUAGUGAUCUUAAUUCAAUGUUCAAUGAAUGUCCAGAUAGCCGUAUGGAAGAUUUUGAUCGAGAUUUUGAACCAUUUCGACACAACAAUCAUUCAUUUAUAAGACCACUUCGUUCUAUAGAAGAUAUUCUACUAAAUGAUUGUGAUGAUGGUGAAAGUAUGAUUUCGAUUGAUAAAUCUUCAAGUGUACAUGAAACAACCGAUUGUACAAGUGAAUUUUUAUAUGAUUCAGAUGCAGCAUUCAAUCAACAGGCAACAGGUUUUAUUGAUACAUCAACAUCGAAUAUUAUUUCCAAUAAUAAUAAUCAUGAUAAAUUAUUGGUAACCGAUUUGGAUAGUCUUGAAAGUCAUUUUGGUUUGCCAUUGUUACAAAACGAUAAUCAACCAAUCGAUGAUAAUCGAUUAUCACCAUCAUCAUCUAAACAUCAUCAUGAUUCAAAAUGUUCAUUCGACAUCAAUAUGAAUCAUCAUCAUAAUAAUAAUAAUAAUAAUAACAACCAAACAAUUCAUUCAGAUAUUGUAAUGGCCAAUAAUCAUCAAGAUGAAAAUAGAAAUGAAAUUAAUGUUUAAUUUUCACCACAAAAUAAUCAUGUGAUCUGUUUGUUUUUUCAUUUUUUUUGUAUUUUUGUCGAUUAAAACGCACAUGGACAAUCAUUUCAUUU